CGCUGUGAAAAUGAGAAUCAAAGAAGACAGAACGAUUAUAAUAUUUUGCGCGGAAAAAAACAUUUCUGAGUGUUGUGUAAUUUGAUAAGAACUAAAAAAACUGUUGACAUAUUCAAGUUAUUUGCCAUUUAACAGCCAAAUAAAUGAAAAUACGCGAGGAGUGUCCAAAGAAAGGACAAAUUGCGAGGUCACGACAUCGAGGAGAAGCCAUUUUGCGUGGCAACACACACGCCAGAAUCAGAUCCAAAAUCCGAAUUCUCGGCGCCCCAGAGCUAACAACAAUUACCACGCCAAGAUGGGCAGCAACUCCAAGGCGGACCCCAUCUCGCUGACCUUCCACGACUCCUGCCUGCGAAUGUCCGACGUCCAGCUGCUCCAUGGACCCCACUGGCUGAACGACCAGAUCCUGAGCUUCUACUACGAGUACCUGUCGCACAUGAAGUACAAGACGAACGCGGACCUGCACUUCAUCGCACCGGAGGUGACGCAGUGCAUGAAGUACAUGGACAACCAGGAGCUGGAGCAGCUUCUCGACCAGAACCAGGCCACCGGCAAGCCCUUCAUCUUCUUUGCCCUGAACGACAACGAGAGCACCGAUGCCGGCGGCACCCACUGGUCACUGCUGGUCUUCUCGCGGCCGGAGAAGACCUUUUAUCACUUCGAUUCGUACGGGAACAACAACACCGGCAACUCCAUGGUGCUGAUGAACAAGAUCAAGGAACUGCUGGGCGUCCGUCUGGCCAAGUUUCGGCCCAUGCGCUGUCUCCAGCAGGCCAAUGGCUACGACUGCGGUAUUCACGUCAUCUGCAUGACCGACCACAUAGCCGACUACCUGAACAGGUACGAGGUGAUCGACGGCCUGCCCUCUCUGCACAUCGACACCGUUAAGGCCAAGCGCACGGAGCUGCUCAAGCUAAUCCUUUCGCUGGGCGGCAAGGGUUAGAGCUUGCGGGUAUUCCCGGGUUUCCGUUUCUGGACUUUCGGACUCCCAGCACCGAUGGCCAGUAGUUUUAAGUGACCAAAUUACGAAUGUAAUGUAGAGGAGCCACAUGUGAAUAAGAUAUCCUUGAUAUUGCUAAUUUUAAUUUGUUUAGGUCCCCCCUUGCCGAGUAAGAAUGUUUAUUUGGAAAGCAGUGCCUGGCACUGAAAAGCAAAAAAAAAAAAAAAAAACAAAAACAAUACAAACCCGCCAAUGGAGGUGGUGCGUCGACAUGAAUCUUUAAGUAUGAUCUUUCAAAUAAAGAUUGUUUACACGCCAAGUGCGUCGGACUCGAA